AUGUACAUUUUUGGUGGAAGAAGUGAUUAUACUGGACAGUUCCAUUCAACGCGCGACAUGUAUGACGAGCGCUUGAAGGCACUGGACUUGCGAACGGGCGAGUGGUCAGAUCCCAUUUGUAAUGGUGUUGGACCAUCUGGAAGGAGGAGUCAUUCAGCAUGGACAUAUGGUGGAAAAAUGUACAUUUUUGGUGGAUAUCUUGGCACUCAGAACAUGCAUUACGAUGAUUUGUUCUCGUUUGAUCCAUCAACGAAUCAUUGGGAGAAGAUUAAGACAUCCGGGAGAAUGCCAUCUGCUCGUCGCCGUCAGUGCACCGUUGUUGUUGGCAGCCGAGUUUUCUUGUUCGGUGGAACCAUGCCCGUGAAGAACAGUUCUGGUUCUCCCUCUGGUCUUGCUGAUCUAGCAGAUCUGUAUGUACUAGACUAUGCACCUUCGUUGAAACAUUUGGCAGCUGGUGUGGUACUUCGUCAUAACUUCCAUAAGGCUUUUGCGGAUCACAUUCCACGCGAUCUCAAUGUUCACUUCAGCCGUGAACUUUGGGCGAUGACGACUCCGAAUGCUAUCUCCACUCCGCUCUCACAGCGACAUGAUGCAACCGGAUAA